AAGGAGAAAUUGAGAGAGAGAGAGAGAGAACAUGGGGAUCGAAGAAAACUUGAAAUCUUUGAGCAUCGACGAAGAGGAAAACAAGAACCCUAACCCUAACGUGAAAGACGAAGAAGAUGAGGAGCUUGAGGAAGGGGAGAUUGCCGGGGAAGAAGACGAUACGCCGUCGUCUUCUUUGAAGGGAGGCGUCGUCGAACAACCUCGCCCGCUUGAGAAUUCUUGGACCUUCUGGUUCGAUAACCCUCAAGCCAAAUCGAAGCAAACUACUUGGGGCAGUUCUAUGCGCCCUAUCUACACUUUCUCCACCAUCGAACAAUUCUGGAGUCUUUACAACAACAUACAUCACCCGAGCAAGUUGGCUGUGGGAGCGGACUUUCAUUGUUUCAAACAUAAAAUCGAGCCAAAGUGGGAAGACCCUGUCUGUGCUAAUGGAGGCAAGUGGACUGUAACCUUCCAAAAGGGGAAGUCAGAUAUGUCUUGGUUAUACACGUUGCUGGCUUUGAUAGGAGAACAGUUUGAGUAUGGUGAUGAGAUCUGUGGAGCAGUUGUCGGUGUGAGAGGCAAGCAGGAAAGGAUAGCACUGUGGACCAAGAAUGCUUCCAAUGAAACAGCACAGAUGAGCAUCGGUAAACAGUGGAAAGAGUUACUUGAUUACAACGAAACUAUCGGCUUCAUAUUUCAUGAAGAUGCAAAAAAGCACGAUAGAGGUGCCAAGAAUCGCUACACCGUAUGAGUUUUAUAGAGUUCUUCUAUGGUACUAGAUACUGUGCACGACGCUAGAUUGCUUUCAGGACUCGCUGUAAGCACCUGCGGCUUUACUUUGUUGUUGCCUCACAGUCCUUAGUUGCUUCACCUAUGGCUGUAUGAGAUGCUUUUCAAUCGCG